AUGGGUGACAUCACUAUUGAAUACAGUGUGAAUAUCGAUCAAGAUGGCCGCGCAGUGGUCAAGAACCCUAUAGGUGCUUACGAUAAUGUACCACAUUCAGGAUGGCAGCCAUCUGUCGAUAAACGGACAUCCGAGAUCAAGAAAUGUGCCAGAAAUGCCCGCGCGCACAAGAUGAGCAUAACAGAAACAGCCCCUGACGACGGCGUGGCGGUGACAGGUGUUGUCAAUCAAUGCAGCAUCUCUCGGGUGAACUGA